AUGACAUCCCGUUUUGAACAGAGGAAUGAUGUUGCAGUUAUUCGUAAUUAUGGAAAUCUCGUACUGGAAAUGGCUGCUGUUGUUCCAGAUGGGAUGGUCGUAUUCUUCACCAGUUACGUGUACAUGGAACAAGUUAUAGGUGUUUGGUACGAACAGCAUGUGAUCGACGAAUUGAUGAAAUCGAAACUAUUGUUCAUAGAAACGAAUGACGCAUUGGAAACAUCUGUAGCUUUGGAAAAAUACGUCGAGGCUUGCGACAGCGGUCGUGGUGCUUGCCUUUUCUCUGUAGCUCGCGGAAAAGUUUCAGAAGGAAUUGAUUUCAGUCAUCAUCUUGGCCGGUGUGUAAUAAUGCUGGGGAUUCCUUACGUGUACACAGAAAGUCGUAUUCUGCGAGCGAGGCUUGAGUAUCUUCGGGGAAAUCCAAAGGAAAAUGACUUUUUAACUUUUGACGCAAUGCGGCACACUGCACAGUGUAUGGGACGAGCUCUCCGAGGAAAAACUGAUUAUGGUCUCAUGAUUUUUGCAGAUAAGAGGUUUUCGCGUCAAGAUAAACGCGGUAAACUUCCUCGCUGGAUGCAAGAAUAUCUGGAAGCGGCAUCAACAAAUCUGAGCAUCGACGAGGCAGUGCAGCUGGCUCGACGAUGGCUAACCCUAAUGGCUCAACCAUUUACUAAAGCUGACCAACUGGGAAUUUCCCUUCUCACUUCCGACAUGUUGAAUCCAAAGGUCAUGAAGAAGUUCGAAAAAGUUGUUGAGCAUGUUGAUUAG